GCUGUUUUUAAUUUGAGGUUAUGUUUGUUUUCAGUAAACGUUGUGAAGGAGGAUGGAGUGUCUUGAUUUAAUAUAAAGUUGAAUUGAUAUAUUUCUGUGCUGUUGCACAGAUUAUUAUUAGUAUUAUCUUGAUUUAAAUAUCACUUUCAAAAUACAAAUGUGAUUGAAUUAUUAGUUUUAUUGAGAAUCGUACAUACAACAUUCUAACCUCAAUGUUGAGAGGUACGAUAAACAAGGAAUUUUGAUUUAUAUCAUUUUAAGGAUUUAAAACAUAAUUUAGGAUCUGUGUUAAACAAUAAACAUGUCAGACGAGGAACUGGAAAGUUUUGAAGUAACUGAUUUCGACUUGGAAAAUGAAUUCAAUAUCAACAGAAAACAGUUCAGACAGACAAAGAAUCAAGCUAUUUACGGUGAGUAUUUAUCAUUGUCUUUGACAAUUGGCUGUAUAUUUUUAUUGAAGUUUGUCAGCAACCACGGAGCGUACGGUCCGGAAAAAGCGAAGAAGAAGGAGCAGCAGGAAAAGGAACUACAGGAGGCGAAAGGGGGUAAAAAGGGCUCUGUAGGGGUCUCAGGGGAUGCCUCCCUGUCGCAGUGGCGGAAAGAUGGCGGAAAUGCGGCCAAAAAGAAGAACGUGCAGUAUGUGUAUAAGAGCAUUGAAGACGUACUUGAAGAGAGCAAGUACCCCAGCAAGGGAAAACGCGAGUUCAGUGAACUGGCAAAAGUGAAGGUGAUAGAUAUGACAGGACCCGAGCAGCGGGUUCUUUCAGGUUACCACGCCAUAUCGGGAGUGAAGAAGCCAAGCGAGCAGUGGGAGUUGAGACGUGAGAAGAAGUUCACCAACUUUGAGCUACCUGAACUCCAGCAUAAUCUGGAUUUGCUCGUCGAAAUGUGUGAAGAGGCGAUUGUACAGAACAACAAGCAGACAACCUACACAGAGGACAGGUCAGUGACGUUGGAGAACGAGUUGAAGAAUCUGGAGAUAGUGGAAUCGCAGGAGGCGCAGUCCAUUGAGACACUAGAGAAGGUGCUGGCAAUUGUCGAGGAUCUCAUGCAGAAAAGCGACAAUCAUACGCUCACACUCGACUUAGCUGCUGAAGCUUUCCACGAUUUACAGACCAACUACAUGAGUGAAUACUGCGCCUACGAGGUACAAUCUCUGGCGUUGGGCCUAGUGGUGCCCCUAAUCAAAGACCAGCUGAGCACGUGGAGUGUCUUGCAACAACCGUGCGCCCCCCUGGGGGUGUUUGGCAGGUGGCAACAGCUGUUGAGUCCCCCCACAGCUGGCAACAUGCACUUCACAGCUGAUCACAAUCACAGCUACCACAAGCUGGUCUGGGAUGCGUGGAUGCCGUCUAUCAGGAUAGCUGUUAGUACGUGGAACUGCCGCGACUACUCCAGAAUGCUGGAACUGGUGGAAGCAUGGCGUGGUGUGAUACCCGGCUGGACACUGGACAAUAUAAUCAGUGACCUCAUUGUGCCCAAACUCCAGCGGGAGGUGGAUGACUGGAACCCUGUUCAGGACACCAUCCCCAUACAUACGUGGAUUCAUCCUUGGUUGCCUCUUAUAGGCACAAAAGCCCUGGAAACGUCAGUAUUCCCGACGAUCCGCCACAAGCUAAGCGUGGCUCUGGUGAACUGGCAUCCGAGUGACCCAUCAGCUCGCCUCAUGCUGACUCCCUGGCAAGGAGUGUUCAACCGGGGCCAGAUGGAUGCAUUCCUUGUCAACAACAUUGUGCCGAAACUGCAUCAGAGCUUGCAACAGUUGGUCAUUAAUCCACAUCAACAGCAUUUGGAUAAUUGGAAAUGGGUGAUGGACUGGUCUGAAAUGAUUCCAGUGUACUCCAUGGCUUCUAUUCUGGAUAAGAGCUUCUUCCCCAAAUGGAUGCAAGUGCUCAGUCUGUGGCUGAAUGUGGCUCAACCCAACUAUGACCAGGUGAGCAACUGGUACCAAGGUUGGAAAGCAAUGAUACCGGAUCGGUUGUUGAAGGAGCCCUCAGUCCAGGAGCAUUUGAAUACAGCCCUCACCAUGAUGAGUCGAUCUGCUAUGGCGGCCGCAGGUGGAGGGGGCACCAGCAUGGCCGUUCCCUCUCCGCCCCCAGCCCAGAUGGACAACAAGUAUCAGAAGGCAGCCGAAUGUACAAGGACCUCGAACCAAGUACCGCAUGGCUUCAAGGACCUUGUCGAGAAGAAAUGCGAAGAGCUGGGAAUUUUGUGGGCACCCCUGCCCAACAGAUACAGGGAGGCUAAACAGAUAUACAAGUGCGGUAACGUGCAGUGCUAUAUCGACCGAAAUGUGUUAUUUGUUUGCGAUGUCAACACGGGCGUUUGGGCUCCUUUAUCACUGCAACAGAUGCUGGAUAAGGCUGUCAAAUAGAUUUAAAUUCAAAUUUAAAAUGUAAAAUAGAUUUGAAUUUUAUGAAAAAAGUUGAAUUUAUUUAAAUUUCAUGAAAAAUUUGUGUAUAUAGUGAUAUGUGUGUAAUAAAUGACGGUUUUUAGAAAAA